CGUAAAAAAAUAUUGCUUCCUUUAUUAUGUGUAUUAAAUAAAAAAUGAAUUUCUUACAGAAUGUUUAUAAAAAUAGUUUAGAGGAUAAUGAGCGUAAUAUAAGUUUCUGGGAGGCUUAUGUCAAUGAUCUUAACGCUCUAGACUUUAGUAUAUUAAGUGGUAAACUUACAGUACCUGUUUUGGUGCCAAUCGGGAAUAAAAUAUUCUUUAGAGGUUUUCUGAAACACACAAAUGAGGUAACUGUUUCACUUGGUGCUGAUUACUUUGCAAAAUGUUCCAUUAAACAAGCUGAAAUAAUUAAACAACAUAGAAUCAAAGAUGCGCAAUCCAAACUUGACCUAUAUAAAAAAGAGAAAGAUUAUUUAGAAAACCAGCUUAAUUUGAAUAAAACUACUCAUCACUCUGUGGGUCAAGAUAUUAUUGAAACAUGUACUGAAGAAGAAGAUAGGAUAUGGAAAGAAAAACACAAAGAAAAAGUUAAAUUAUACAAUCAGAGUAAAAAAAAGCAUUUAGAUGAAUGUGAUAAUGAGUUGACUGAUGAUGAACUUUGGAGUAGGUUAGAAGAAUUAGAAUUGCAAGAAGAAUUAGAAGAAGAGUACUUUAGCAUGACAAACGGGAAAAAUCAUGUAGAGGCAGAUAAUUUAGUGAUUUCAAAGGAUGAUAUACCUACAAAACUAAACCCACUUAGCAAGUCUAAACAAUUACAUGAAGUUGAUGGGGUUCCAGACCACAGCAAUAAUUCUGAAUCUAAAGCACAAAUUUUAGAGCAAAUAAUGAUUAGGCAAAAAAAUUUGGAAUUAAAACUAGCUGAAUUACAAAAUAAAAAGGAAGGAAACAGUAAAACUGAAGAGGACUUACUUGAAAAACUAAAUGAAAUUGACCAACUUGAUGAACUUGAAGAUGAAAUGAACAGAUUGGAUGAUAUUUUAAAUGAAGAUUCUGAUGAUUCUGAAAAAACUACUGAAGAAAUUACUUCUCUUAGUUCAAGGAAAACUGUAACAUUUGCUAAUGAUGAUGAUAGCAAAACUUUACAAAUAAGUUUGAAACAUUCAGAUGUAGAACCUGAUACUGCACCCUACAACCCUACUAAUGGAAUUAAAAAACCUAGUGAUAUCUAUGAGGCAUUUUCCUCGAAGUUACCUAAUGAAACUACAUCUAUUUUAAAAAAUACAAAAUAUGGCAACAAUGAUAUAAAGACUUCUGAUGAAAAUAAAUAUAUAGCAUCACCUGAAAUUGAAACACAGAGAGAAACAAUUGUAGUGAAAGAUGUGUUAGAGAAAGCAGAGGAAAAUAACAAAUUAUAUGAUCAACUUAGACCAGUUAGCUUAUUUAAAAAAAGGAGACAAAUAAAAAAAUAAUUAAAA